AGAAUGAUAUCAUUUCCCCUCAUAAGCAAAACUAAUAACAAAAAGGAGAAAGAAAAAAUGGCUCAUCCUGAAGAACUGGAAGCUCUCACCAAGGCUUUUUCAGGACUUGGAAUUGACGAGAAGUCAUUGAUAUCAAUUCUUGGAAAAUCACAUCCUGAGCAUCGGAGAUCUUUUAGGAAAGGAACUCCGCACUUGUUCAUCGAUGACGAACGCUCUUUCGAACGGUGGGAUGAUCAGCGUGUCCAUCUUCUCCGAUAUGAAUUUAAUCGAUUUGAGAAUGCUUUGGUUCUAUGGGCUAUGCAUCCAUGGGAAAGAGAUGCCCGUCUGAUCUAUGAGUCCCUGAGGGAAGGUGCACAGUGUUAUGGUGUGAUCGUAGAGAUUGCAUGCACCAGAUCAUCAGAACAGCUUCUCGGAGCAAGAAAAGCUUACCAUUCCCUCUUUGAUCACUCCAUUGAAGAAGAUGUUGCCACCCACGUCUCUGGCUGUGAGCGCAAGCUUCUUGUAGCACUAGUGAGUGCCUAUAGGUACGAAGGGCCAAAGAUUAAGGAUGAAACUGCAAAAUCUGAAGCAAAAUUAUUUGCUAGUGCAAUUAAGAAUGCUGACGAAAAGAAUCCCAUUGAGGAUGAUGAGGUUAUUAGAAUAUUGACAACAAGAAGCAAGCUCCAUGUCAAGGCAAUUUAUAAGCACUACAAGGAUGUUUCUGGCAAAAUCAUAGAUGAGGAUCUUGAAGCUGUUGACUCAAUCUUGAAGGAGACGGUUGAAUGCUUAUGUACUCCUCAUACAUACUUUAGCAAGGUUUUGGAUGGGGCAAUGAGAAAGGAUGCGGAUCAUGAAACCAAAAAGGCACUGACACGUGUACUUGUAACCCAAGCUGACGUGGAUUUGAAGGAGAUUAAUGAAAAAUAUAAUAGCUUAUAUGGAGUCUCUAUAUCAAAUAGAGUUGAAGAGGUUGCUAAUGGCAACUAUAAGGAGUUCUUGCUUGCCUUGAUUACAAAGGAAAACUAAUUGGAAAAGAAGGAUUGAGACAAUUUAAAUGAAAUUAAUAAUUAAACUUUGGCUUUAAAGAAAAUUUUCUUCCCUUCA